AUGGUUAGUGAUGCUCCUACCAAGAAAGCUGGCAAGAAGACUGCCACGCCGCAAGAAAAGAAGCGAGGAGGUGCGACCAAAGUGGCAAAGGCAGAUUGGAAGGAGGAUUCAAGAAGAAACAACAACGAGGCCAUCAACGACAAUCUCCAGAAACGCUGGACCAAUGGCGAGAUCUACACGUAUAUUGGCGCGGUGUUGAUCUCCGUGAAUCCAUUCCGAGACCUCGGCAUUUACACAGAUGAGAUUGUCAACCGGUACAAGGGCAAGAAUCGCCUGGAGAUGCCUCCACACGUCUUUGCGAUUGCAGAAGGCGCCUACUACAACAUGCAGGCCUAUAAGGAGAAUCAGUGCGUGAUCAUUUCCGGCGAGUCUGGCGCUGGAAAGACAGAAGCCGCGAAACGGAUCAUGCAAUAUAUUGCUGCAGUAUCCGGAGGCCAGGAUAGUUCUAUCCAGGAAAUCAAGGACAUGGUGCUGGCGACCAAUCCUCUCCUCGAAAGCUUUGGAUGCGCAAAGACAUUGAGGAACAACAACUCUAGUCGACACGGAAAAUAUCUAGAGCUCAUGUUCAACGAUCGAGGAGAACCCGUCGGCGCCCAAAUCACCAACUAUCUCCUCGAGAAGGGCGCGUCGUCGUUCACAAAGGCUGCCAGUGAUGAGCAACGUGACAUGUUUGGCUUGCAAGGACCCGAAUCCUACGCCUAUACCAGCCGCAGCAAUUGCCUUUCUGUACCCGGUAUCGACGAUACCGUUGAUUUCAAAGAAACUCUCAAAGCAAUGCAAGUCAUUGGACUCUCAAACGCCGAACAGCAGGAAAUAUUCAGGAUGCUGGCGAUCAUCCUAUGGCUCGGGAAUGUCCAGUACGACGAGAUGGACGAUGGAAACGCCAAGAUUUCGGAUACAGGUGUGACAGAUUUUAUUGCAUAUCUAAUGGAGACGGACGCCGCAGCCGUGGAGAAGUGUAUGACUACAAGAGUGAUGGAGACUACUCGAGGGGGACGUCGAGGAUCCGUGUACGAUGUACCUCUUAACCCUGCACAAGCUUCGUCAGGUCGUGACGCCCUUGCAAAGGCCAUCUACAACAAUCUUUUGAGUGGAUAG